AUGACCAAUGGUGGUGGUGGUAUGAGUUCAGGCGAAGGUUUCCGGCGAAGGAGCUCCGGCGAGGGUUUUCCGGCAAGGGAGUUUCGGUGGUGGGUUUCCGGCGAUAGAGUUUUCCCGCGAGGAUUUUUCGGCGAAGGAGUUCAGGUGGGAGUUCCGACGGUGGUUUCCGGCGAGGGAGUUCCGGCGAAGGUUCCCGGCGGUGAUUUUUCCGGUAAGAAAGUUCCGGCGGUAGUUUUUCGGCGAGUGAGUUCCAGCGACGGUGGUGGCAGAGGUUCCGGUGGUGGUGGUGGUGGUGGUUCUGGGCUGGGGUGGUGA